AUUUUUUUAUAUAUUAUUUUUAGUAUUUUUCCAAUGCCUUUUAGAUAUUUGCUUGUCAAGAUCGGCGCACGUGCAGUACAUUCUGCCGAUUCGAAUACAGUUUAUUAUAAUUGCCGGCCAGUCUCCGAUAAACUUACAAUAAGAUAUUAGCUGCGCCCCGGGGCUUCGCUCUCGUGGAAAUUUCGGGAUAAAAAGUACCCUAUGUGUUAUUCCAGAUUAUAGUCUACCUGUGUACCAAAUUUCAUAACAUUCCGUCCAGUAGAUUUUGCGUGAAAGAGUAACAAACAUAUUUAAAACAUACAUACUCACAAACUUUCGCAUUUAUUAAUAUUAGUAGGAUUAGUAGGGUACAAAUAAAUCAGCUGUUCAAUUGGACAUUUUUGCGACGACCAUGUACCUACUUACUUAUGUACUAGCGAAUUAUGUUUCUGCUACAACAUGAAGAAUUUCCAUUAACAUUUGUGUUGCUAACACUGUUUUUGUUUUGCUAGAUAUGAACAAAUUUGACGUCGCGAUAAAAACAUAUUACCAAAGAUAAUAUAACAAUAGACGUAAAGUAAUAUUGAAAUCUUGACAAAUUAUUAAAAAUCAUAUUAAGAUUAAAGAUAUUGUUGACAUGAUAACAUGACACGUUCGAAGAUAAUCCGUGUACAACAAUCAAAUUUUAUCAUUUUAUCACUGUCUAUGUCAUAUGUACCUCAGAGUCAGUGACAGAAGUCAAACUAUGUCAGUCUAGUCAUCAAGCCAAUAGGAGAUUCAGUUUAGUAAAUUCCAAGAGAACCUAGAGCAGCAGAAUCCGUGGUAUUUAGAUCAACAGUCCGUUAUGGUCAACAAAAAGAUAACAAAGCGCAUUACACUGAUGACGUCAUGGCGUACCGAGAACUAUGCAAGUACAAAAGAGUUCACAAACGUAAAUAAACAGCAGUGCGAAAUUGCGUCAUUCUAAUUCCAUUCCUAUUCUAACGCCACGCAUCAUUGCUGCAGCUGCCAGUCAGUUCAAAGACCCUUUAAUUAAAUCUCAACGGGCCAAUAAGCUAGAUACCGCUACGAUAAGGUCCAUAGACCAAAGAUAAGAUGGAUUAAAAAGCAAAGAUUCGAAAUUUGAAAACGCGUAAGAAAUAGAAACUAGUUUCGGUCGGGUUCGUUAUUGAUUUAUUGACCUCUAUUCAAAUAAUGAACUGUAAUUACAAACGGAACAGUAAAUUCUAGAACGUAAUAAACGCAUGCGCGCUCUUUGAUUAUAGAACCGAAUAAAUAAACACCUGUCACGAGAGUACGAAUUUUAAACAGGACAGGGGCCCCUCUUGACAAUAUUUGUCAAAUUCAUUAUUCAUCAUAUCUCGUCCGAGUGAGUCCGCUUAGUAGUAGACAUUCAAGGCUGAACGUACGGCCUGAUAAGUCAAGUUGUUCAUCCAUAAAUAUUUUGCUAUAAAUUAACGUUAAAUUUAAUUAUUCUAAUAAGGUACGUCAUUCGAACUCAGGACUAACGGUACAAUGAGAACCCAAACAGCGCAGUGAGAGAAAGCGUUGAGUGAGGAUUUCCAACAGAGUGAAAGCAGCCGUCGCUUCGUACGGACGAUAACAUAACCUCAAACAUGUCGGUCGCCAUCGCGUCUGCUGUUAUUUUAACCACCGCAGCCGCUUAUUACUGGUUUAUAAACAGACAUAAACCGCUAAAGCACAUCCUGAGUGAAUUGAAACACACUAUCGACAUGCAGGGAGCCGGCGUUGGCGGAUUGAUCGACGACUGGGUAAACGUGUGGCGGAAUAAAGUAGUGUUGCCAGAUGCGAGCGGGAAAAUCGCCGUUGUGACAGGAGGCGCGCGAGGCAUCGGCACUGAAGUAAUUCGCGGCCUCCUCAAAGCCAAUAUGACUGUCAUUAUUGGCAUAAGAAGACCAGAACUUGCUCAAAAGUUAUCGCAAACAAUGGAGAAUGGCCAAAAUUUAACAGCGUUCCAACUUGACUUACAAUCGUUGAAAUCAGUUAAACAGUUCGCGGAAAAUGUUUUGAGGAAACACUUAGCUAUUCAUAUUCUCGUAAACAAUGCCGGAAUAAUGUUUGGUGAUUACAAACUGACGGAAGAUGGCAUUGAAAAUCAGUUGUCAACAAAUCAUAUAGGUCAUUUCUAUUUGACACAUCUAUUGUUGCCAGCGCUGAAAAAAGGCGGCACUUUUGAGGAGCCCGCGCGAGUUGUGAAUGUCACUUCCUGCGCUCACCAUCCAGGGAAAAUUUAUUUUGAGGACAUUAAUAUGAAAGAGCAUUAUGAUACUACUGCUGCGUAUGCCCAAUCUAAAUUGGCUCAGUUAAUGAGUGCUCGCUAUGUAAACAGGCUACUAGAACAAGAAGGCAGCCCAGUCAAAUGUUUUGCAGUCCACCCUGGAAUAGUAAACACAGAUCUGUUCAACGGUACUUUAUUUCGGACGGUAUUCCCAUGGGCUAUGAAGCUUUUCUUCAAAACACCAGCAAAAGGUGCUAUCUCCAUACACUAUGCGUGUUUUAACAAGGACUUGGAGCAGAAAGGAGGACUGUAUAUUAGCAACUGUGUAGAAGGAAUAAGUAAUGGCUUCUCAAAGAAUGUUGAAAAUCAAAAGAAAUUGUUUGAUAUCUCAUGCGAAUUGAUAGGUGUUGAACCAAAUAAGUUUGGCAAAGAUAUAUAAAGUUGUCUAGUCUGGGUGUGUAGGAAUUAAGUCUGAUAUUAUAGUGACAAAACUUUAGGUACAUAUUUUUGUAAUGUUAAAUAUUUUUUAUUCUGAUAUUAAAAGAUUUAUUAUAUGA